GAGUUGUUGUGAGCAAAGAUGUUGUUCGAAGCUUUGGGUUUGUUAUAACCGAGUUGUUGUGAGCAGGUGCGUGCAAAUUCUUUCAAACGAGAAGCAUAGUGAGUGGCGCUAAAACGCGAAGUAAAGUGAGUGUGAUGCUAAAUCUUUCUAAACUUAUGGAUUUCUGAUUACUGUGUGGGUUCGCUGAUGUUUUUUUCUCUAUAUUUUCUUUGUAAAUUACUAAACUUUUCUAUCUAUUACAGUUUAUGCACUAUGGAUCAAGCUGCUUUUGAACUUCAGCUGCGUCAAACGCUGCAAGGCAAGGCUGAAAAUGCUGUCAUCCAGCCCGCUCUCCAGCGUGAUCAGUGGUUGCAGGAUUUGUUAAGAAUCAAUUCUUCUGGAGCCCAGUCUACAUUUGACUAUAACCUCAAGAAACGCUAUGAAGUUCUGCGUGUUGGCAAUGCUGACCGACUUAUUCGCAAAAGAAAAGAUACCAGUGAACAUGAAUUUAAGUUUGUUGCAUGUGUAGAAGAAGUGUUUGGUAUUAUUAAAACAGCUCAUGAAGCUAUUGGCCAUGGAGGUGGCAAGAAAACAAUUGCAGAAGUGAGAAAGAAAUGGUCAAACAUCACACAAGAAGUAUGCUACCUCUACAUUUCAUUCUGUGAGCACUGUCAUCAAAAGAAAGCCAGAAAAACUCCAAAGGGUUUGGUAGUAAAACCGGUACGCAGUCAUGAUAUCCAUUCUAGAUGCCAGAUAGAUCUUAUAAAUUUUCAAACAUUACCUGAUGGAAACUUUAAGUACAUCAUGACAUAUGUAAAUCAUUUCAGCAAAUUUUGUGUGUUGCGUCCACUGACAUCAAAAAGAGCAGAGGAAGUCGCAGCGAACCUUCUAGAUAUAUUUCUGACAUUUGGAGCACCUGCUAUUUUACAUUCCGACAACGGACGGGAGUUUGUGAAUGCCAUCAUCACCGAGCUUUCAAUGCUAUGGCCAGAGCUGAAGCUGGUGACUGGACGCCCACGUCAUCCUCAAAGCCAAGGAGCUGUUGAACGUCUAAACGGUGUGAUCCAGGACAAACUAACCAUUUGGAUGAGGGAAAAUAACAGCAAAAAGUGGUCAGUAGGUCUUAAGUUUGUUCAGUGGCAAGUUAAUAUCAGUCAGCAUGAAACAACUGGCCACAGUCCUUUUAAAGUUACAUUUGGACUAGAUCCGCAAGUUGGAUUAGCAUCAUCUAUCGUGCCAAGUACAGCUUUUUGUAAUAUAUUCACCGAGGAAGAUCUCGAGUCAUUUCUGGAAGCAGAGACUGAGGCAGAAGCAGAGACAGGUGCAGAGGCAGAAGCAGCAACAGGGGCAGAGGCAGAAGAAGAAGCACAGACAGGGGCAGAGACAGAAGCAGAAGCAGAGACACGGGCAGGGAGGUCAGAGGCAGAAGCAGAGACAGGUGCAGAAGCAGAAGCAGCAACAGAGUUAGAGGCAGAAGAAGAAGCACAGACAGGGGCAGAGGCAGAAGCAGAGACAGGUGCAGAGGCAGAGGCAGGGGAAGAGGCAGAAGCAGAGACACGGGCAGAGACAGUAGCUACGAAUUUCCAAAAGAUCCGUGUUGCAGCUAAUAUAGGACAAUCAAAGGCAGCAGCACGGAUGACAAGACGCGGCAAAAACCUGCUUAAGCCAUUGUCCAUUGGUCAGUGUGCUACGCUGAGGGUUCCAGAUGUCGAUCGUGGUCCAACAGAUCCAAAAAAUCUGUUAGUAGUCAUCCUUAAGGAAGAAGAAGGACUAUACACUGUAGGUUGUCGGGAGGGAAUUAUUAGAACAAAAUUUACACCAGCUGACCUAAGUGGGAUCAAACAGACCCUUAUAAAGUCUGAAGAGGUUCCUGAUAUCUGCCUAUCGAUGAGAACAGCAACAGCAAGAGCCACUGGUGGGCAAGGUUAUACAAAGUGUCAAUGUACUACUCAAUGUACAUCAGGAAGGUGCAGCUGCCUAAGAAAAGAAAUUAAAUGCAACUCGCGCUGUCACCCAGGCAGAUCAUGCAAAAAUUUGUGAUUGGACUCAACUGAACCCUGAGAUCGAUUGACCUAUUUUACUUAUACUAAUAUUGCAUUAAUUAAUUAUGUUUUCCUUAUUCACAUUGGGCAAAAUUGAGCUGCAUAAUUUGAACAAUAGGCAUUUUUUGCCUAAUGUUAACAAUUUGUAAACUUUACGCAACC